AAAGGGCUGAGAAUUUGUGGGGGAGAGAGGCUUGUAGUCUGGAGUAGGAUGUUGGCUUUUCAGAUUUUAGAAGUAUUUCAUGAUUGUAGGUCUGGGGAAAUCUAAACUGCUCUUAUGUGAUUAUAAUAACCUUUGUCUUUUCUCCUUUCCUCCUCUGGUCCAGGCUUGGGCAGCUGGCCACAAUGGCUGGUAUAGAUCAGUCAGAUUUUCAUUUACUAGGUCGUCCCCAGAUAAAUUCUACUGUUAGUAGUCCCCCUAAAGAAGAAAAGAAGGCACUUGAAGAAGAAAAAUCAGAAUCAAAGCAGGGUGCCCCAGGACAAAUGCAAAAUAUGCAAGUUUCUAUCUGUAUACAGUCAGCUUACAAUGAAGGAACACUAAUGAAGUUUCAGAAAAUUGCAGGUGAUGCUGGGAUCCCUUUGCCUCUCGACUCCUUCCAUGUCCCAGUCUCUAGUCAGGAGGCCUUAGAAACUUCCAAAGACAACCUGGGGUCCCAGUCCCAGAGCAGCGGCAGGAGUCUUUGGAAGAUUUCAUUGCUAGAACAUGUUCUCCUUCAACAGAUGUCAGUUCUGGAACUGGUAGUCAAAGACAAGAAGAGGAAUUAUCUAGAAAUAGCAGGUCUUCUUCAGAGAAAAUGA